GGUGGUGCGGCGCGGGGGCGGGUGCCCUCCAGCCCUCAUUACAUCACCGCUAAACAGAACAGUUACGUCACUGUACCGCUCAAGGACGUUCCGCGUAAAGCUAAACGCCAACCAUCGUUCACCGGCAUGAGUGGACCGAGCGUGCUUCUCUCAAAAAGCAAUAACAUACCGGCCAACAACCACAAUACAGGACUCGCGACACCCAAACUAUAUCCAAAAGCAAUCGCCAAUGAAUACGACUCGGGUACAUUAAGACGACAUUCCAACCAGCCCAAGAAUAACCUCGAUAUUGAAGAAGAUAAGUUCUAUUGAAUUUCACAUCGGUGUUAAAAGGUUAACCUUUUUAUUGGGACAAAAUGUGAUUAAAAUGGCAACAAAAGCUGUUUAAUCGGAAUCUAUUAAAUAGGUUCCGUAUUCGGGAAAUUAGAUUUUAAAUUUGACCUUUGACUUUUUAGUGGUCUUUAUAUGAACUUUAAUUUUAUUCUGAUCCUUUUGGAAAGUCAAUUCUCUGAACCCAGUGAAUAAUAACAAAUAUGACAAUUAUAUUGUCUACUGUGACACUUGUCAAUUUGACAACUG